CAUACCACUUUGUGUCAGCUCUCAACAAUUUGGGCUAUUUCAGUGAUCAUUUUUACGAGUUAACGCAGAAAAACACGUCAAAUACAUAUGCUAAAUGGAUAUGUAAGUCACACGUCAAGAGUACAUUGUAUAUGACGUCACGACAUAAGAUGGGCACCAUACUUCUAACAAUUGAGCAUAGCAAUACACCGAUACGCGGACAACGUUUCGUUUAAGCUGAAGAGUUGCGUUUCUCAGAGAAAGAAUGCAUUUUUCCUUGACGUUCGUCUUUAUGAUGGUCUGCUUGGAUAUUACAUUGCAGAGAACAACAACAGUGAAUGAGGGUUUAGCUGACUACUGUGCGGACACAUCUAAAUGCAUGUGCAAGGCAAGAAAUGGUUCAAACGUUCCCAAGACCACAGAAGAACUGGAAAUGAUGAUUGCAACACUGAUAUCGGACCUGAGAGUUGACAAGAAAAGGACGACCUUUUAUAAAAGUAAGUUGAUAUCCGCAACUGAUGACCGCACGUCAUCAAGGAGUAUCGGGUUCGUGGCUAUAUUUGUGAUAUGUGUUCCUGCAGUUUUCAUCGUUGCCAUGGAUAUAUCUCGUUGUGUGUCUUGGUGGCGUCAUGGCGAUCCGAAACCCAAACAUCGUAAGCCGAAUGUUCGAAAGAAAAAGAUCACCCAGAAGCCCACGAAGAUCUCUGACGUAUUUGAUAUAGUUUAGCAUACUGUAUCACGUGUUUUUGGUUUCGUUGUUACGCUUUUGAAAGUGCAAAUGAAAUAUUCAAGCAAUCUUGACAAAUAUGACUACUUUUGACUGUACUUGACGUACCGUCCUCGGAAAAUACUGACAUUUUAUUUUGAAUAAUGUUUGAAAUAUUCAUUAAACAUAUGAAGAAAUGAAGCUCCUUUUCGAAAAAAAUGUUUGUAGAAGCAUAAAGCCAAACAAAGAAAACAUUGCACUUCACCGUAUAACUACGUCGUCCGUUUCGGGCACAUCAGUAGCACUGUUGGUCAAACGAUGGAAAAUCCAGGUCGAAAGUGUUUGGCAACCUAUGUAUAGUGGAAAGGGAAAGUAACCUGUAAAACCCUUUAUAAGGUUACAAGGUUUGGCUACAACAUAUACAUAUAGGAUCUUACACGAGUUUCUACAUAGAGAUAGGAAUAAGAGUGUGAACUCUCCAAACCAGACAGGGGUAACUGUCGUUGCCAUAUGGUCCAUCUAGAAUUAUUGUUUGGGUAGGAGAAAGUUAGCUUAGAAGUUACAUAAGACUUGGUGUGUUUUAAACUACGUGUUUGAUGGUGUAACGCUAUAUAAUCUGUGUGCUUGUAGGUUUGCUGUCGUGUUCCAAACUAGAUAAAAAGGACAUUUACGAAUGUUUUGGAGAUCUUGCAGAGAGCCUAUUCCGGGAUAGGGGUAUGAUCCCUGGCUGUCGCGGCCACAAUGUGUAGUAAUAAUAAAACAACAAGUCCACAUGUGUUGUUCCGUGUGUUGUGUUACAAACAGAACACAAUUCGUUAUAAGUGUAUCGCAUUGUGCAAUUUUCGUACAAUGCAAAUUUCAUUGCAAAAUCGGUGUUUUUAUAUCACUUUUAUAACCAAUAUCAAGAUUCAACUGUAUCCUUAUCUGUUGUGUGUCAUAUUUUCCAUAUCAAAUUAGUCCCAGAUUAAAGUUGUGUAAAUCGUGCCCACUUUGUUAAAAUGCAUAUCACUUUAUUGAUGAACUGAGAAUAAAAGAUAAUCUGAAUUCCCUUUUUUAUUGGUUGGUUGUACUAGCUUUGAAUAGAAUUUAAGAUAUAUUUAGGUGUGUUUAAUUUUUAUUAGAUCCAGCGGAAGAUUUUGAUUAUAGUGUUUACUAAAUGUUGAUUUUGACUCCUUUCUUCUAAAUGAUUCGUAGUUGUCUAUUAAAUCAGCUCUUACUGAAAUGUUGAUGGAUCGCUUCACAAGUGGUAAUAACUUUUGCUAAAUCCUUUCUACAAAGUUUUGCUUAUAAUAAAAUGUGUUUAAUGUC